UCGGUUUCCUCACUGUCCAAGCCGCAAAUGAAGCCAUGUUGGACAUAAGCCGUGGCUUUGCUCUCCGUUGCAAGUCCCAUUUAUAAGGGAAUCAUACAGCUGAGUUUCUGCACAACUCACCACCCCAAUGACCAACUCAAGCUCAGCCAACUCUAAUGCUCACAACGGCGUGCGCGGCGCCAAUGGAGUGAUCAUCGGCCGUCGCAUCAUCGACCAGGUCGCCUAUAUCAACAGUCUCCCUCGGAGCGAGCCUGUCCAGCAGACGCAGCAGCAGCAGAAGCCCGCGGACUCGGACGCUCGCCGGGGAUUUGCGAUGCCUGAGCAACAGGCGAUUUAUGGGUACACCACCCCGCUGCCCCUUCCCCCUCGUCGGAAUGCAAACACCAAGCAACAGAAACAUUGA